AUGUGUGAACGAGGUGGCUAGCUUUCAAUACCAGAACACUUCCCAACUACUCCAUUAAUUGAUUGCACCCACCAUACGAUGCCGUUUCCCUAUCCUUUACCAUUAAUAGAAUAAUCGCUGUACAGUGUUUUUCCACUUUUAUUCGUGCUAUCAUCACUGGCUCCCAUUUUAUCCGACGGCCAAGAAACUCAUAUAUUUGCAAAGAGUUCUGCUCUGGGACGACGUGGUUGAUUCUGAAUUUGAAACCCUUCCUGUUGGGAAAUGGGCGGAGGCAAUGGCCAGAAGUCUAAAAUGGCCCGGGAGAGAAACCUGGAGAAACAAAAGUCAUCAAGAGGAAGUCAGCUGGAAACAAACAAGAAAGCCAUGACAAUACAGUGCAAGGUAUGCAUGCAGACAUUUAUAUGUACAACUACAGAGGUGAAGUGCAGGGAACAUGCAGAAGCAAGGCACCCAAAAUCUGAUGUAUAUGCUUGUUUUCCUCAUCUUAAGAAAUGAUUCCAAACUCAUAACCCCACAAUCAAUCAACUUUAGCUUUAUCCUCCCUUCUCAUCUCUCUUUUUCAAUAUUAAAAACUUUCCCAAAUGCUCCUAGAGGCUACACGCCUUUCAAUGUAAUAACAUAUGCUUGUCUUGUUGUCAAAGUAUAUAUAUCUAUUGAUAAAGCUCCAACAUUUCCAUCU